AUGGGACCCCACGCCAAACGACGCAAGGUCUCCAAGGUCGAAGAAAUCACUUUCGAUCAUACCGCCCGACAGCAAUUCCUCACAGGCUUUCGCAAACGCAAGCAACAACGGAUAAAACAUGCGCAGGAAAUCGCCGAGCAAAAGGCCCGGGAGAUCAAGAGAGAAGAACGCAGACGGAUUCGCGAAGAACGAACCGCCGAAUUCCAACGUGCGAUGGAAGAGCACAAGAAGCAACUGAAAAGGCUCAAUGAGGAAGACACGGAUGGCGAGACUACGGGAUCUGGCAGUGAACAUGAGGGCGACGAGUGGGAAGGAUUCGAAGAACCCCCCGCGGUGGACUACGAAGCCGAGUAUAUCGACGAAGACAAGUACACGACUGUGACUGUGGAGGAGAUGGACCCAUCUCGGGAAGGGUUACUCAAAUCGCAGGCGGAAGAGGACUCCGAAGAUGAAGUUCAGACGUCAAAAUCCGAGGCUGACUUGCAAUCGAAACAAGCGGCGGAAAAGACGAAAAAGAAGUCAUCCGACACCAAGCCGAAGAAGAAGAAAAAGAAGUUCCGAUACGAGAGCAAGGAGGAACGGAAGCUCGCCCGAGCGAAAGAACGCAUGUCUAGGGCGAGAAAAGCGCAGGCACGGCGCGAGCGAUGA